AUGGCGAAGGACGUUGAGUACGCUGAGCCCGCGGCGGCAGAGUUCUCGGCGAAGGACUAUCACGAUCCGCCGCCGGCGCCGCUUUUCGACUUGGACGAGCUGACCAAGUGGUCGUUCUACAGGGCGCUCAUCGCCGAGUUCAUCGCCACGCUCCUCUUCCUCUACGUCACCGUCCUCACCGUCAUCGGCUACAGCCACCAGACGGACACCGCCCACGGCGGCGACCAGUGCGGCGGCGUCGGAAUCCUCGGCAUCGCCUGGGCCUUCGGCGGCAUGAUUUUCAUCCUUGUUUACUGCACCGCCGGCAUCUCCGGAGGGCACAUAAACCCGGCGGUGACGUUUGGGCUAUUUUUGGGCCGUAAAGUGUCUUUGAUAAGGGCCGUGAUGUACAUGGUGGCCCAGUGCCUGGGGGCAAUAUGCGGUGUGGGCUUCGUGAAGGCCUUCCAGAAGACGUACUACAAUAGGUACGGUGGUGGGGCCAACGUGGUGGCCCAUGGGUACAACAAGGGCGUGGGGUUGGGUGCUGAGAUUGUAGGUACAUUUGUGUUGGUGUACACUGUUUUCUCUGCAACUGACCCCAAGAGAAGUGCUAGAGACUCCCAUGUCCCUGUGUUGGCCCCACUUCCGAUUGGGUUUGCGGUGUUCAUGGUCCACCUGGCGACCAUCCCCAUAACCGGCACCGGUAUAAACCCUGCUCGGAGCUUCGGCGCCGCAGUGAUCUACAACAAGGACAAGGCCUGGGACGACCACUGGAUCUUCUGGGUCGGCCCCUUUGUCGGAGCAGCCAUCGCCGCCUUCUACCACCAGUACAUCCUCAGGGCAGCCGCCAUUAAAGCCCUCGGAUCUUUCCGAAGCAAUGCCUGA